GGACGGAGCCCCCAUCCAUUAGCAAUUAGCUUUAGCCACACGUAGCCAUGCCCCUCUAGCACUGCCGUAUCCCACAGAUCAACAUGGAAUAAAGCACCGAAACACAUUCGGACCAUGGAGGCUGCUCGUUUCAUCCACUGCUACCGUAAACGGAAUAGUUUGACCCGGAGAGCCCUUUGUGCUUGCUGCUGAUGCCAGCUGCGGCCUGUAGCUCCACACUGUCCUCGCUCCCCUCACUCUCCUCACUGUCAGGAUGAGUGGAGCUGGAGAGCACACAGACAUCCUGUCAGUGUCAGAUGUGGUCCGGGACCGAUGGAAAGUGAUAAGGAAGAUCGGUGGCGGGGGGUUUGGGGAGAUCUACGAGGUGCUGGACCAGCUGAGCCAGGCCACCGUGGCCCUGAAGGUGGAGUCAGCCCAACAGCCCAAACAGGUGCUCAAGAUGGAGGUGGCCGUUCUCAAGAAACUCCAGGGUAAGGACCAUGUGUGCCGCUUUGUGGGCUGUGGACGAAAUGACCGCUUUAACUAUGUGGUGAUGGAGCUGCAGGGGAGGAACCUGGCAGACCUGCGCAGGACCAUGGCCCGCGGCACCUUCUCAGUCUCCACCACCCUGCGCCUGGGCAAGCAGAUCCUGGAGGCCAUAGAGAGCAUCCACUCUGUGGGCUUCCUGCAUCGCGACAUUAAGCCGUCUAAUUUUGCCAUGGGGAGGCUGGCUACUACGUGCCGCUGCUGCUACAUGCUGGAUUUCGGUUUGGCUCGACAGUUCACCAACUCCAGCCAGGAAGUGCGGCCGCCUCGUCCGGUGGCAGGCUUCAGAGGAACAGUGCGCUACGCCUCCAUCAAUGCUCACAAAAACAAAGAAAUGGGUCGCCAUGACGACCUGUGGUCCCUGUUCUACAUGCUGGUGGAGUUCAUGGUGGGCCAGCUCCCCUGGAGGAAAAUCAAAGACAAGGAACAAGUGGGGAACCUGAAGGAGACCUACGACCACAGACUCAUGCUCAAACACCUGCCCUCAGAGUUCAGCAUGUUCCUGGACCACAUCUCCACUCUGGACUACUUCACCAAACCCGACUACCAGCUCCUCACCUCCGUGUUUGACAAAGCCAUGAAGAGCCACAGCGUCCUAGAAAAUGAUCCAUAUGACUGGGAGAAGUGUGACGCAGAGGACAUGCUCAACAUCACCGCAGCCGCCACCACCCAGCAGCUCACCAGACUCACCCCUGCGUACUUGGGAAUGGCCAAUGCUUCGGUGCUGCCGGGAGAGCUGCAGCGAGAGAAUACAGAGGACGUGCUGCAGGGAGAGAGGCUGAGCGAUGCAGAUAACUGCCCCCCUAUCCCCACACCCACCACAGCGCCCCCCGCUGGAGACACAUGGGACCACACUGAAUGCAACCGCAACCACAAACAAACAACACAGCCUGUCAUCAGGAAGGUGGUGAGUGAGGAUGAGCACAGUCAGAACCUGGGGAACCAGUCUCCAAACACGGGCUCCAUGCAGAGCUCCCCGCGCAGGGUCCGCUCUGAGACUAUGUUCCUGGAGCGUGCGGCUCCCCUGCUGCGCCGUAUCAGGCACAGUCAGAGCCUGGCCUUUGAGAAGAGACUGGCCCCGGAGCCCAAGCCCACCAUAGAACGCUUUCUUGAGGCAUACCUGGGUAAGCAAAGGCCCGUCCUGUUCCACAUGGGAGAUAAGUCCAUCCCCAUAAGGGCAGCUCAACCUGGGGUAGAGGAGCAUUCUGCCACUGCAGAUCCAGAGGAGGGUGCGGCUAGCAGCGGCUUUGUGGCCCUCAACCUCAGCCCUGUACCACAAGAGGGAGACAGUCAGGAGUGGGUCAUGUUAGAGCUUGAGCAGGGCUCUACAGCCAAACCCUCAGGAGAGGGGGCGAAGGAGGAUAAACUAGCAGGUGGCACUGCUGCAGAGACAGGGGCUCCAGAGGGACAGGCCAUUGUCCCCUCCAGUCCUGUCCUGUCCCCUGUGUCUGUCCCUGGCACAUGGCUCCUGGGACACCGCAGGCUGCCUGGCAUGUUGGGACACAUGCCCUCAGUCAUCAUGGGCCGCAGCCAGGAGCAGUCGUCCAGUGGUGUGUCCCAGUCUCCAGUACAGGACCGGAGCGACACCAUACCCCUGGAGGCUCCUCUGGCUAAAUCAGAAGAGGAAGAACCAGCUAAAGAGCAACCAAAGAGGCAGGAGCUGACCCCGACCAAGACCUUCACUAAGACACCCACGGCCCACCUGACCACAGAGCGAGACCCCGAGCGCGACCCUGAGAGUGACUCGGGCCUGCCUGACCGCUCGUCUGAGCCCCACCAGCAGCCCCUCCCCGAGACCACAGGGGGCGCACUGGAGAGCACGGUCACUGUGUCGUCCUCCCCUCCCCCUGCUCUGCUCAGAAGAAGAGACUCUCCCACCUCUCCUAGACUGAGCCGUAUCCCAGUGCGAGACCCCAGCACCCCUCUGGACUCCCCGAGUAAGGAGCUAGCCCACGAGAGGCACAAGCGCUGGAGCAGCCCCCUGCACGGCUCCCCCACACACUCCCCCUCCCCCUCUCUGUCCUGUGACAACCUGCCCUCCGCCCUGCCCCGGGACCGACUGUCCUCUGAGAGGGAGGAGCCUCUGUCCCUGAGCUCCAGCUCAGGCAGCAGGAGUAAGAUCCCCCGGCCUGUCAGUGCCUCCUUUGUGUCGGAGCAGCUCAACACCAAGUUCAUGCCCAGACCCCCCCCAGGCCGGCCCCCAGUGAGGGCAGGGGCGGACAGUGACUUCAGAAGGCGUCGUCUCCGGAUCCGAGCGUCUAGCACCAGUGAUGCCGAUUUCCUGUCCAGUCUGACCGCUCUAGUACAGGACAAGGCAGGGCUGCUCCUGAGCUCACCCUCCCGACCGCGGAGCUCCUCCUCCCGCCUGCAGCGCUCCCUCAGCUCCUCUCCUCCACCCCCCCCCACCGCACGCACCUACCCAGGCUCUCCACCUCCACAUGCCAAGGACAGAGGCUCCACGCUGGGGACACAGUGGGGCCCCAGCUCCCCUGGCAGAAGCCCGGGCCUGGAGGUGAAGGCCAAAGCAGGCCGGUGAUGGCUAAAGCAGGCCGGUGAUAAGGUGGAUGGCAUGUGUGCAGAGCAGUAUUAGCAAGGGAAUGUACUGUAUCUAAUGUAAAAUGUACCAUAAACUCUAUUUAUUUAUUUGGUGUUGGCUGUGUCUCUAAGCCCUCCCCUCUAGCUGCAUUCAUGUGCUGUUGGAAACCUCAACAUUGUUCCUCACUUACCUUACCUAUUCCUCACUUGGCAUCCUAAUUAUUCAUCAUGAUGACUUUUAAAGUGCUUUUCACGACUUUUAAAGGCCAGGGUAGGGUUUUGCUGUGACGGUAAAGCUAACAAUAGCCUGCUAACGAAGCACUUCCUGAAUUCGGACUAUAAAAAACUAUAAUUAGAUGCAGACAGCAUGUAGCAGACUCAUUUUGACUUCAAGAGCUGCUUAUACAAUAUAUCUGCACAAGUGCUUCAUUUGUAAAUGAGACGCUGCCAGAACAAAAAUCUGCUUUUGGGCCAGUGUCCAUACAAGGUCAUGGUCAAAACCAGAAUGCACAGAAUAGGGAUUAUAAGCACUCAGAAAGGUCAAAAUACAAUGCAACUGACCAUCUUACUCAAUUCUAAACAAUAUCAUUUCAGUUAUUACAUUUCAUUUGUCAGAGCACAUUUUAUACAUGUGUCACACCGGGAUGUUCAUUCUUUCUGACAGCAGCAAUUGCCACUGUGACCACCGCGUCCAGAUGCCCUCCCAGGUGCUUCCUCCUCUUCCCUGG